UAGUUCGGUUCAAAACUAACAGCAGCCUUAUAAGUUAUAACCUCUCUCUCUCUCCCCCUCUCUCACUUAGCCAUAUUCAUUUCUCUUCCACACUCACUGCGAGAGAGAAAUGGAAAUGGCAAUUAACAUCCACAGCAGCAGCAGCUCCUCCUUCUCUCUUAUAAACCCUAAACCACCUCUGCUUACCAAACAACUCUUCGGUAGCUCCUUCACCUUAUCUUCCUUCCCAAACACCUCCAAAACGACAUCAACCUCAUCACUCCGCUGCCGCCGUUCUCGUUUUUCAUUUCACUCUCCGAUAAAAUGCUCCGUUUCCACGGAAGCCUCCACCACCGAGAAAAGGAGCCAGAUGAUGAGAAGAGGAGACAUACGGAAUAUAGCAAUAGUAGCUCAUGUUGAUCAUGGUAAAACUACCUUAGUUGAUGCCAUGUUAAAGCAAUCUAAGGUGUUUCGCGAUAAUCAAUUUGUACAGGAGAGAAUUAUGGACUCCAAUGAUAUAGAACGCGAAAGAGGAAUUACAAUUUUGAGCAAAAAUACUUCAAUUACUUAUAAGGAUACAAAAAUCAAUAUAAUUGAUACUCCAGGUCACUCUGAUUUUGGUGGUGAAGUUGAAAGGAUUCUUAAUAUGGUCGAAGGAGUUCUACUCGUGGUGGAUUCUGUUGAGGGGCCGAUGCCGCAGACGAGGUUUGUUUUGAAGAAGGCUUUGGAGUUUGGUCAUGCUGUUGUUGUUGUUGUUAAUAAGAUUGAUAGACCGUCUGCACGUCCGGAUUUUGUUAUCAAUUCGACUUUUGAAUUGUUUAUUGAACUCAAUGCGACGGAUGAACAGUGUGAUUUCCAAUCAAUAUAUGCGAGUGGUAUAAAAGGGAAGGCAGGAUUGUCUCCUGAUGAUUUGGCUGAAGAUCUUGGCCCACUUUUUGAGGCUAUAAUGAGAUGCAUACCUGGACCAUGUAUUGACAAAGACGGUGCACUGCAAAUGCUUGCCACAAAUAUCGAGUAUGAUGAACAUAAAGGACGAAUAGCUAUUGGACGGUUGCAUGCUGGGGUUCUGCAGAAAGGAAUGGAUGUGAGGGUAUGCACAUCAGAAGAUUCGUGUAGAUUUGGAAAAGUUAGUGAGCUUUUUGUUUAUGAGAAGUUCAUUAGGGUUCCAGCCACAAAAGUGGAAGCUGGUGACAUUUGUGCUGUCUGUGGAAUUGAGGACAUUCAAAUUGGGGAGACAAUCGCUGAUAAAGCAUUCGGGAAGCCAUUACCAUCUAUCAGAGUGGAAGAACCAACUGUGAAAAUGGCCUUUUCCAUAAAUACAUCACCUUUUGUUGGCCGAGAGGGAAAAUAUGUUACCAGCAGGAAUUUACGAGAUCGACUCUACCGUGAGCUUGAACGAAAUUUAGCUAUGAAAGUUGAAGAUGGUGAAACUGCUGAUACAUUUGUUGUCAGUGGGCGUGGUACUUUACAUAUCACCAUAUUAAUAGAGAACAUGCGACGAGAAGGAUACGAAUUCAUGGUGGGACCUCCAAAGGUCAUCAACAAAAAGGUCGAUGACAAAGUGCUAGAACCAUAUGAGAUUGCCACUGUGGAGGUUCCAGAAGAGCACAUGGGGGCUGUGGUUGAACUUCUUGGUAGAAGGCGUGGACAGAUGUUUGAUAUGCAAGGGGUUGGGUCGGAGGGAACAACCCUGCUUAAAUAUAAGAUUCCCACCCGUGGCCUUCUUGGAUUGCGUAAUGCAAUUUUGACAGCUUCUCGUGGCACUGCCAUUCUCAACACAAUAUUUGAUAGCUAUGGACCUUGGGCUGGUGAUAUAAUUACACGAGAUCAGGGUUCAUUGGUUGCCUUUGAGGAUGGAGCAUCUACUUCUUAUGCCCUUGCCAGUUCACAAGAUAGAGGGCAAAUGUUCAUUAGACCUGGAGCAGGAGUUUAUAAAGGUCAAAUAGUUGGCAUCCAUCAACGAACAGGGGACCUGUCGCUUAAUGUGUGCAAGAAAAAGGCUGCUACUAACGUACGUUCAAAUAAAGAACAAACAGUGGUUCUUGAUACCCCUUUGGAUUAUAGUCUGGAUGACUGUAUUGAGUAUAUCCAAGAAGAUGAACUAGUGGAGGUUACUCCCUCAAGCAUUCGAAUGUGCAAAAAUCCAAAGCUUGCAAAAAAGACAAGGUGAGCAGUGUAGACUUACAUCAAGUGGAUCCGCCAGCAGAGCAUCCUUGUGAACUAAUGCGAAUACAAUAGAAGCCGCACAAUUCCAUAGUUGAGUUCAGCCUUUGAUGCCAUUUUUUUUCUGCUCUCUCGUAAAAGUAUUUAAAGCUCCCUUCGCAUGGCAAUUUUAUAGAGAUUUUGUUUCCUGAUAUAUGGUUGUAUAUAACUACAUGGGACAUCCCAUUAUUCUAGUCUAGAAGAUUUCUAGAUGUAAGUUAUACUGCUAGGAAAUGAGCACGUGAAGGUUGUCAUUGACAUUGUAAUUUGGAUCAUGUCUCUCCCUCUCUGGAAGGGGUCUAAGAUGAUACAUGUUUUAGCAUAA